AUGGAUAAGACCAAGCUGAAGGCCAAGCAAGCUGAGCAUUUCGAGGACAUGGCCACCUGCAUGAAGGCCAUGACGGAGCAGGGCGCCGGGCUGACCAACGAGGAGCGCAAUCUGCUCUCUGUGGCCUACAAGAAUGUGGUGGAGGGGUCACAGGUCCGCCCCAGGGUCAUCGCCAGCAUUGAGCAGAAAACCAACACCUCUGACAAGAAGUUGCAGCCGAUUAAGGACUGUUGGGAGAAAGUGGAGUCAGAGCUGAGGUCGAUUUGCACCACGGUCCUGGAAUUGUUGGGUAAGUAUUUGAUAGCCAAUGCAACUAACCCAGAGAGUAAGGUCUUCUACCUGAAAAUGAAGGGAGAUUAUUUCCAAUACUUUGCUGAAGUCGCAUGUGGUGAUGAUCACAAACAAACGAUAGAUAAUUCUCAAGGAGCUUACCAAGAGGCAUUUGAUAUAAGCGAGAAAGAGAUGCAGCCCACGCGUCCAAUACGCCUGGGCCUGCCUCUUAACUUUUCCGUAUUUUACUGUGAGCUCCUUAAUAACCCGGAGCUUGCCUGCACACUGGCUGAGAUGGCUUUUGAUGAGGCCAUCGCUGAACCUGACACACUAAAUGAAGACUCCUACAAGAACAGCGCCCUCAUCAUGCCGCUGCUUAGGGACAACUCAACAUUGUGGACAUCAGGCAGCGCAGAAGAAUGUGACGCAGCAGAGGGUGCCGAAAACUAA